AGCUGAACCUAGUGUCAAAACACUGUGGGAAACAGAAGCAGCAGUAACAGAUAGUGCCGCGCUGCCUCUCUUUGCGAAUUCAGCUUAACUUCAAUUCGCUGUUUUUCUCUGAUUGUGUUUGUCGACAGUUAGUGCUAUCCAAUCACGUCCUCGUACCAUGACCGAACAAUCAGCGCUACUUCUUCGAAAGCAACUGGCAGAGCUCAACAAAAAUCCUGUGGAGGGCUUUUCAGCUGGCUUGAUCGAUGAUGAUGACAUAUACAAAUGGGAAGUCGUGAUCAUCGGUCCUCAAGACACUCUUUUUGAAGGAGGGUUUUUCAAAGCAUACCUUACCUUUCCCUAUGAUUAUCCACUGCGACCUCCAAAGAUGAAGUUCAUCACUGAAAUCUGGCAUCCAAAUGUGGCAAAGAACGGGGAUGUUUGUAUUUCAAUUCUCCACGAACCAGGAGAAGAUAAGUUUGGUUAUGAAAAGCCGGAGGAGCGCUGGCUUCCAAUCCACACAGUAGAGACAAUCAUGAUUAGUGUCAUCUCAAUGCUUGCAGACCCCAACAGUGAUUCGCCCGCUAAUGUGGACGCUGCUAAAGAGUGGAGAGAGGAUCCAAACGGGGAAUUUAAGAGGAAGGUUGCUCGCUGUGUAAGAAAAAGUCAAGAGAUGGCAUUUGAUUAGACUCAGUUGUAAAUUCCAGGUUAAAGGAUACCUUCAGACGGAAAAUUUCAGCAAAAGGCUUUUGCACCCCAUGUUUUGCCAGUCACAGGAAGUGGUCGACAUCGACCACGUCAUUUCGAACGGUUGUCGAUUUCCGCAAAAUGAGCCAAUUUGAAGAAAAACCUACCAGCGAAAUUUACCUGUUUCCUACCUGGAACUGUAUAUUUAAUUUUAUUUAUUUUCCAAAACAAAAUAAGAUGUAAAAUAUGUCACUACUGUAAAUUAACUUGCUUUUUUAUCUGCUGCUGAACAGUUUCUACUUUAUACCAGGUUUCUUAUGCAAUUAAUGGUCAAGGUUGUGUAAAACAAAACAAAACACCCGUUUGGCCAUUGGGUCAUCAGCCAUCCUCCUGGUUCAUGUCAGCCCCCAUCAUUUUGUCAUGUAAAAUAUGUUUUCUCUAGUCAACACAGUCAGUGAGUCACCGUUCCUUUUUGUGGGCUUCACUUUUCCACACCUUGUUAGUUAAGAAUGGCAAGAUGAAAAUUGGUGUUGGUUUGGAAGUUUGCUUGUUUUUUUGUUUCCUAGUUU